AUGACGGUGGGAGGGACGUGGCGCUGGGCCCGCUCCGCGGCGGUGUGGCUGGUGGCGCUGCUGCUGCUGCUGCUGCACGUCGGAGGCGGCGACGCCGCGGUGACGCUUCGCCUCGUGCAGGUGGUGCACCGCCACGGGUCGCGGUCGGCCAUCGUGAAGUACAACACAACGCAAAUAUGCGGCGACAUCCCGUGCGGGUACCUCAACGCUGCCGGGCGGACCAUGCUCCUGAAGGCAGGAGAGUUCCUGCGUGAACACUACAACAGCAACACCGCGAAGCCCUUUUUCUCCUCAGAGAACUACGACCCCAGCGUGUCCUACAGCCGCUCCACCGACGUGCCGCGUACACUUCAGAGCGCCGCGGCCUUCUUGUACGGUCUCUUCCCCAACAGGAGCACGGCCUUCCCUGUCAUUCACACGGUCAAUAAGACUACUGACUGGCUCUUGCGAACCGAUGUCAUUCCAUAUACAAGAGUGUUUUAUCUUUUGGACAACCUCUGGAAACGCGAGGUGGGCAGCCCGAAGGUUGAUGAAAUCAUUGACCUCCCCACUCUGCAGGCCGUUGCCGGGGAGGCGUUCAGUGAGGAGGCCUGCGCGAACCCGGCGAAGCGGUCCGACUGUGCAUUCAAAUUGUUUGACAUCGGUGCUGCUCUGGAGGCCGUUGGGCGGAUUGAGAAGUUUCCCUUGCUGAAGGCAAACCUGGAAAAGCUGCGCUCUUUUGCGGAGUUUUAUUUUCGUACUGAAUACAGCUACAACAAAUCGGACGAGGAGAGGAGGAAGCUGGGCAGCUGCGGCCAGCUCCUGAUGCAGCAGCUUCUGGCGAAUGCUCAGCUGCACAUGCUGGGGAAAUCCACCUACAAGUUGUACCACUACAGCACCCACGACAUAACUCUCAGUCCGCUGGCAGCGACACUCGCUGAUGACACGCCCGAAGCUGUGCUCCCGCCCUUCGCCCAGCUGUACGCCUUUGAACUGUUGUACGAUGAUGAGGCCAAUGCCUACAGCAUGCGGGUGAUGCGCGGGUCUCCUGGGCAGACGCCCGAUACGGAGUACGCCUUCAGCUGGGAUGGGUUCCAGCUGAAGUGCAUGACCAGCGGUGGCAAGGUUUACAAGGCCAGGAACAACACCUGCCCCUACGACGACUUCCUGCGGCUGGUGGAUUCCAGCAGGCCAACGGACCCCGCGGGUCUGUGCCACCUCAACGAUCGUUACAAGGCCUUGUUAGGCUGCCCGACGCAGGGGGGAGGGGCCCUCAACAGUCAUUGCCAGGCCUACCGGUUGGCGUGCCCUGCAUCGUCGUGCAGGGCCGGGCACACGCUGGAGCCGGUCACAUUGCAGUGCGUGUGUAGCUCCGCAUCUUGCAUGGGACGGGGCGGGGCGAACGUUGCCGGGGAUGGUGGAAGCUGCAAGAAGACAGUGAGCGCCGGUGCGACAGCCGGCAUCGCGCUUGGCUGCUUUGCCGUUGGGGCUAUCAUUGUUGCCUGCAUAGCGGUGCUGGUAGUCUUGCCGCGCGGGAAUAAUAAGCACAUGCGGGGUGUGCUGCAACCCGCGUAG